CGCUGCACAUAGAAUUUGCAAGGAAAAGAACAGCGAACAAGAUAGUCGCUCGUUGGCCAAUAGUAUAGCACAGUCGCCUUACACAUCAUCGGGGCUCGGUCAUAAAUAUUUGAUACAGGGGCUUGCAAAGACAAGGUUAAGCAAUGGAUCGACCACCCACCGCAACUGUUUUCAUUGGAAAUAUACCAUACGAUGUUACAGAACAGAUGCUCGUUGACAUGUUCAGCCAGGCGGGGCCGAUCAAGUCGAUGCGCUUGGUGACGGACAAGGAUACCGGCAAGCCCAAAGGCUAUGGCUUCUGUGAAUUUCACGACGUGCAGACGGCGCAGUCUGCGGUCCGCAACCUCAAUAAAUAUGAGGUUAAUGGCCGAAUGUUGCGUGUGGAUUUCGCUGAUGAGCACGUAACUGACCCGCGUGGCAAGCGUGACAAAGAGCCCAGGGGAGGUCCCAGAGGAGGAGCAGGAGGAGGAGGUGGAGGUGGAAGGGAAGGCGACCAACUUGGGCUGGCUCCCGGGCCGCCCCCGGGGACCAGGCCCAUCGGCCGUGACACCGCCAACGCAGCCGCCACCCAGAUGAACGCGCUGCUCGGCAAUGCGCCGUACACGGGCCCCUCCCAGGACAAGAUCAGCACCGUGAUCGCGGGCAUGACGCCCAUCCAGCUGUUCGAGAUCCUGUCGCAGAUGCGCACGCUGUGCCAGCAGAACCACGCGGCCGCGAGGUCCAUCCUGGUGUCCAACCCACAGCUCACCAAGGCGCUGUUUCAGGCGCAAGUGCUGCUGGGCAUGGUGAAGGGCAGCGCCCCGCCGCCCUCCUCCAUGGCUGCGGCCGUGGCUCAGCAGCCGCUGCCGCCGCCGCAACAGCAGCCGCAGCAGCAGCCCCAACCCCAGCAGCAGCCCCAGCAACCGGCACCCGGUCCCAUGGGCCCUGGCCCACACAACUUGCCGCCUCUAGGCGCAGCGCCAGGACAGGCUCAGCCGCCUCCGCAGGGCAUGCAGGUUCAGUUCGCGAUGGCUGCUGGGCUGCCUGGGGCCUUCGUGGGGCCCUCGGGGCCGCAGGCGGGGCCGCAGCCGGUGACGGUGGUGGGCGGGAUGCCAGGACCCAUGCUCAUCGACCCCAGCACCGGCCUGCCGUACACCGUACCCCCUGGUGCCGUACUGGUCCCCACCACAGCCCCUCCCACCACAACGGCGCCACCACCACCUCAACAGCAGCAGCAACAGCAGCAGCAAGUCCUGCUGCCGCAACCCGCUCCUCAGCCCCAGCAGCAGCAGCAGCCACCUCAGAUGGUCGCGGCGGCGCCCGCGCCUGAUACCUCAGCCGCAGGAGCUGCCGCCCAGGGUGCCGCUGCUGCUGCUGCGGCGGCGGCUGCAGCUGCUGCAGCCGCACCUGCUGCUGCUGGGGCGGCGGCUGGCGGGCCGCCUGCGUCGGUACAGCUGCCGGCCAACCUGGCGCCGCAGCAGGCGCAGGUGUUGCAGCAGGUGCUGAGUCUGACGCCGGCGCAGAUAGACGCGUUGCCGCCCGCGCAGCGUCAGCAGGUGCUGUUGGUACGGCAGCAGCUUGGGCUGGGGGCGCCGCCGUCCUAGGAGGGGCUUGUUAGGGAGGUUGCAGGCAGGGCAGGGGUCGAAGGGGGGGCUUGUGUGGAUGUUUGUGUUUUGGGGAUGCAUGUGUGAGAUGGAUGCUGCGUGUCUUGUGGUGGGAUGUAUGAGCGUGGCGAUGCCGUGUACCCGUGUGGUGUAUAGGGUGAUGGAGAGUGGGGCAUGAUCUGUCGGCGGCGGUGUGUGGUGGAAGGGGUGGAGGGGCGGGCUUCCCUGAGGGUGGCAGGCGCAUGGAAGCAAAGAGGAGGUUGGGGUGCCAAACGGUGCUUGCUGCAUUGGACACUAGCUGAG